AUUAAAACAAAAAUACCAGUUGAAUAAAUAAAAUGCUUUUCUCCAGUUACAAGACUGUGGAAGUGUGUUACAGAUUAUUACGACCUGAUGAAGAUCCUAACAAAGGCCUAUUUGCCAAAAGGCCAUAUUCCGACGCCGUCAGUGUCGAGGAUCAUGUGACUUCUGGAUCAAAAAAAGGGCAGGCUUCUCGAUACAUUUCGUGUUGCAAGACACUUGACGCAGUCAAAGACUUUGCCAAGAAGAGCAGAAAUAAGAGGAUUGUAAAGAUAACCAAUAAAAAUGGAUCAUUUAAAGCAAUAGACUUGACAGAUCUAUUUAAUCAAAUGAAGUAUUUUCCAUCUAACCAAAAAGCAAAAAAUUAUGCUAACCGUUUUCAGGAGGUAUUGAUCCUAGAUUUUGUUCCUCCGGAAUGCCUUGCCCUACACAAGGGUUAAAUCCACAAAACAAUACGAAGAUAAAAUAAACAAAGAAACAAAGUUCAGCAAGAACUUCGUGACGAUCCCUGU